GGAGGGCGAGAGGAGGGUAAGGGCUUCCCCCGCACAUGGAUUUGACUAACACAUUCAGCACCGGGCACUGUGCCUCCAUCUGAUCAAGAACAAGGAUGACAAGGUUUUUCGCCGGAACUUUACAGCCGCUAUCGAUCGUAGGCAGUGAGCCAAACGCUAAAUUCGCAUUAGCAACCGGUGAAUAAAUUCCUGAAUUUCCGGUGGAGCAAAACGAGGCACUAAGUCACAACAAAAUGGCAGGUCUGCAACCCAAAAGCGACGCCAGACUGUCUCUGGAAAUAAGGACCAAAUCAGUAGAGCAGACACUAGUUCCACUCGUAUCUCAGAUCACAACACUCGUGAAUCACAGAGAGAAGCCACGACUUUCAGAACGAACGCAGCAAGCAUUGGAUCGUGUUGGGCAGGCAGUCAGCAUGGCUGUUGGUCGCUUUGUAGCUGUGGGUGAAUCCAUCGUGGAGGACCAUCCAGAACUCCGGCAAGAGAUGUUGGAGGCUUGCCAGGAGGCCAGAGCUGCAGGGGGCAGUAUACAACAGCAGACUUCUGUCAGUAACAUGGGUAGUGAAGCAUCAGCUGCCACCCGUAAUCCUGCCGAUAAGACUGCCAUGGUGAGAGCCGCACGACAACUGCUGUCUGCCAUCACUAAAGUGCUUUUGAUAGCUGACCGCAUCGUCAUCAAGCAGCUAAUUGCCAGUAAAGAUAAGGUGCUCCAAUGUCUGGCACAAGUGGAGAAUGUUGCCACAUUCCAGGAUUUUGUUGCAAGUUUCAGCCAGUUUGGCAAGUAUAUGGUGGAGCUGGCUCAUCUGUCAGGUGACAGGCAAAAUGAUCUUAAGAGUGAGAAGCAGAGAGCACAGAUGGGGUCUGCUCGUGCUAUCUUGGAAAAAUCUACCAUGAUGCUCUUGACUUCAUGCAAGACAUGCUUGAGGCAUCCGGAGUGCCGUGCUGCUCGGCAUAACCGUGAUGCAGUUUUUCUUCUCAUCCGAAAUGCCUUGGAUUUAAUGCAGCAUGUUGUGACGGAUGGUGGCAUUGUGGCCAGGAAUGGCAAUGCUUCUCCUGUCGUCAAUGGGGACUCAGGCAUAGGACUAGCCUCAACACAUCCAACUGCCAGUCGAGCUUUCAAAGAGCUAGAGGACUUGAUAGACAUGGCACGUGUCACGAUGAUCAGCCCAGCUACAGAAGACAAACUUCUAAGUGCAUUUGAACUUUCCAAAGAGACAGUGGACGACUUUACUGACUCUCCAUACACCUCCCAUGAUAAUCGAGAGAAAAUCAUCCAGCUUACAGAGAGACUUCGAGAUGAAAUGCAAACUCUGAUCUUGGUUGGACGCAGCCUGAAUGCCAGAGAAGUUGUAGCUCCAAAUCAAGACCUUGAGACUGCCAUUUUGAGGUGUCUUGAUGUGUGCAAAUGUCUACGAAAGCAGCUGCUGGAAGCAGCAAUGGAACAAGCAUCUGAGCUAUUUCGGCGUAAUGAGGACCAUGAACUGCUGUCAGGACUGCGGGCUGCUGGGCUGAAUGGUGAAGUCCAGCGUGCCGAACAGCUAACAGUCCAUUUUGCUGAACAUCAGGAACAGUUGGAGGAGGUGUGCAAGCUUUUUCGUCAUAUGGCCACUUCUGAACCAUUGGUCAUUACAGCUGAGCACAAUGAAACUUUCAUUCACAGUCUGGGGCCCAUGAUUUUGUAUGCUGCUCAGUGCUUAGCCCAGUAUCCAAGCAGUAAGAUUGCUCGAGAAAACCUGGAGGUGUUUGCAGAUGCAUGGGAAUCACAGAUAAAUGACCUUUCCAUUCUUGUCAAAGAAGUUAAUGAUGUAUGUCAGGGGCGUGGAGAGAAGGUUGUCUACCUGUCUUUGCCUCGUCCUGGGAUGCAAACACCACCAAAACAUGGCACAACCUCUAGGAGUCUGAGACCAGUCAAGCUGGAUGCUGAGGAACAAGCAAAGAUUGCUAAACUUGGUCUAGAAAUGAAACUCAUUACUUCAGAAAUGGAAGCUGAAGCUGACAAAUGGGCAGAACCAGAUAAUGCUGUGGUUCGUCGAGCCAAAAAUAUGGCAGCCAUGGCAUUCUCCAUGUACUUGUUCACAAGGGGCGAGGGCCGUCUACACACAACGCAUGAUCUUUUUCUGCCUGAAUUCUUUUCAGAGGAAGGGAACAAACUUUACAAGACAGUCAAGGAUUUUGCUUCGAGGGUGCCCCCUUGCACAUCUAAAGAUGAGUUGCUGGCAUACAUAGAUCGCAUCCCAGGAUGCUGUCAGCAACUGCAUGUCACACUCAAGACUCCCACUUUUGGAAAAAGUGCCACUUUCAAUAAGGUGGACAGUGCAAUCCAAGAAACAAAAAACUUAAUGAAUGUUAUCGCUAAAGUGGUCACUACAUGUUUCAUUUGUGCAACAAAGUACAACAUCGACUACCGCACGUCCCCAGUACCUAACAGCAGAUGGCGCAGCGGUGGGGGCAGUAGCAGUUAUGACUUUCGUUCAAGUGUGAGUGACAAUGAGCUGACUGUUGCUGGACCUUCAGAUGGCUUGUAUCGUACCAAUUCCCUCAAUAAGCCAUUCACCAUGGACAAGACUGGCUGACCUGCUUCAGCAUGCCCAAGGUUGACACAAGUAGUUUCCCCUACCUCCUGUCUUGGCUCUUGUGGUUUGCAGCGUGUUUUGUGUGGCUUUUGCCAGCAUCAUGGUAGGGGUAACUGGGGAAACAUACUUAGUGCCACCUACUGCUUUUCGUGGCCAGUUCUAGUCUUCAGUCUGGAAUGGUGAUUGCCUUUCGCUGCCUGCUAAUGUGAAACAAGCUUCUGCUUUGAGCACAACAUUUGUAGUUGUUUGUCUAGCAGCUUGCCAGCCCAUUGUCAUUGGUUUGAAAAGAAAAUCAGGAAGUACUUUUUUGAGUUGCAUGAGACAAAAGAUUUUGAUGUUGUGCUCUGAAACAGAUGCUUUUGGUGCAGGUCGGAAAAGAUGAGAUUAUAAAUGCUUGGUUAAAAAAAAAUUUAUUAAACUGUGCGUAGUCUCGUGCAAAAUUCAGCUGUAACAGCUUCUGCACCAAUGUUUAACGUCAUCAUUUUAGUAGCAGUUUGCUCCAUCAUAUAGUUGUUGAAGCAACCAUUCUCAUUUGAGUGGUGACGAAGUGUUACUGUUCAUAAACAUCAUGUGACUGCUAUAUGUAAAACCAUGUUCUUGCCUUUUUAAUCAGCUUCUUGCAUAAUUCAGACCGACAGUCUCUUCAGAAACAGUCAGUCCAUGCAUACUCAGGCUGCCGCAAAAUGCAAACUUACCAAGUCUGUGCUAAAAGUGGUUGAGCAUUAUCGGGGCCUUCCCCACCACUUUCACUACCAAAAAAAAUAAUAUACAAGAGGAGAUCCUGAAAUCAGACUCAUUUUGUCUUAAUAUUUACCUGAAGCUUCUAUUUAGUGACCAUUUUUUCUACAAAUGCAAAUCCCCCACCCAAGUUGUGGUGGAGGCCAAAAAAGGAAGCUUAAAUGUUAAAGAUGGAGAAUCUGCAUUCAUGUAUUAUUUUGUGGAAAAAUCCUAAUCAAACCCCCUUAAAAAAAAGACGAUGUUCUACUUCAUGAAUUAUACUGAUGGACUUCUUCUGUAUAACAAAGUGUAGCAUGAAAAUGAAGAUCAUGUGGUAAAUUAAUUUUUUUUCCUAUAGCAUAAUUGUAUUUAAAAUCUUCACUCUUGCCCUACUUGUAUUUCCACAGGCAGUUUCCAAUGUCAUCCAUUUUUGACACCUUCACUCAUUUGCAUGCAUGCACAUUUGAAGGUAAGAUUGUUUUUAAUGGAUGCCUUAAAAUCGUAUGUUAGUAAUGAUUUUAAUAUUGCAUUAUUUAUUGAUGCUGUGCAAUGACCAGAAGAUACAUCCAUGUUCUCAGGAGCUCAGUAUCGAGUAGAAGGCAGUCAGCACCUGGGAACCAGUCUUGAUUGUAGGGUCAUUCUAUGGGAAAUCCCUGUAUACUGUAGUAUUGACUUACCUUUCUCUCCCCUGUUCCCCAUAUUGGUAAAAAUAAACUCCGCUUGCUUUGUCCAUCAGUAGGUUAGAUUGCGUUGGCUGCUGAAUAUGGUCAGAACUGUCAGAGAGACCUGGAGGUAGCAUGUUUAUGGCAUUUGAAAAAUGAAAGACAAGCAUGUAUCCUUCUUAUUGAGUAAUAUAGAAUAUGGUUUACUUGUGUAUGCGAUUAACCGGCAGUUUUUUAAAACAAGUGUGUGAUAUAAAUGCAUUAGGUGCUAAUAUUUGAAUGUGUGCAAAAUUUGAUGUUUGAAUUGUUUGAAAAUCCAUAGAUGUGAUGUGCUUUAGCAUGCAGGGUGAACAUUGAUAAAACUGUACCGAUUCAACCAUCUAGCUUCUAAACUAAGGCAAAGAAUAACAGAAGAACUGAAGGGAGCAAGCCUACUGAGCAUGGGACGCCAUAACAGUAAUAGGGACAAAAACUCAUCAGUCCUGUCAGUGUCUGUGAUUUUGUGUGCACACUUAUGUCAUUAUCAGGUUUUGUCAGAAGUGGUUUUAGUAUCAUAACAGUGAUCUUCAUGUAAGUUUUCGAUAGCCUGUCGUGUCUGCAGUUUUAUGUGCACACUUUUGUCUGUCAGCAGUUUGUACUAGAGUUGGAUAUUGCCAGGAACAAGUCUGUCUCCUUUUUGUACCAGUCUCUACAUAAAUAUUUUUGUAAUUUUCUCUGUGUGAAGCAGAGAGUGUCAGGAAUGAUUCACAAGUCAACAACCUUCAUCUUGUUCUUAAAUUAAUCUUAAUGUCUGAACCAUUCCACUCAUUGUGUCAUCUGCCAGAGUGUGUUGUCUGCAUGCAUUUCUGCAUGUUAAUGAAAGUUAUAGAUAAUAAAAGAUGAUACAGUAUGAUCCCAUUCACACUGUCGACCUGAACAAAAUCCCAAUCUCUGAUCUUUAGGGCGUGAUAUAAAAGCACAAAUGUUGAAUUUGCUUGGCUCUUGAAGAACUGUUUUGGUUAAAAAUGGCUUUCAUCUCAUGAGAAGCUUAUUCUUGAUUUAGCAUCUCUUCUGACAAAAGCAGUUUCAGUACUGUUCAAGAGGGCAGCAAACAAGACUGCCAUUUACCUAUGGUAUCAGAGUAAAGCUGCUUUAUUACCGGAUGGGUUGCACAUUGCACCAUUUUUUUUUAAAGAGGUUGUGAUCACUUUGCCUUAAAAGACAGUAAACAAAAAUAGAACAUGAGAAAGCACUGGCUAAAAUAUUUUAUUGUUGACUUAAAUUAUUAUUAUUAAAUUAUUAUACCUUGUCUGAAGUGUGGGUGUCUUCUUUCCUUCAUAGCCACUUAAUACAAGCACAGCAUUGUAAGGCUGCAGGAGGGAGACUUAUUUUUAAAACCUCAAGGGAUAAGCAACCUUUCCAUGCUUAUGCCAAAAAUCCAAGUAGGUUUUCAUCCAUCACAUAAAACUGUUUCCAAUACAGGAUUUUCCCCAACACACACACCCUUUAACAUUAAUUCUGGGUUCUAAAGUAACUAGCUAGAACAAACUUUCUAUUUUCUGGCUUCUUUCCAUCCAAAAUGUUUUCUUGGAUUACACAACUUGCAUUUGGGCUGUACAGCUCACUGGCUAGGCUAUUAUGAAACUGCUGAUUCAAGAUUCCCUUCACGUUGACUUUGCAACAAAUGUUGGCAAAUGUUUUAUUCUUGUAAUGUUCAUAAGAUGUGUCUUUUCAAAGUUUGCUUGAUCAUCUUUCCUCUGUGGGGAAAUUAUUCUUGAAGGUUUAUGCUACCAAUGUUUUAGCUGUCUGUUUAUUUGAUAAGAGUGCUUCCAAUAUCAUUCUUUCAAUUUGUGAAGAUCAGAUCUGAUCCACAUUUAUUUAUAUGUGAAAUCAUGGGUUAGAAAAUGAUCAAGGGAGCUGCAAGUGCAGAACAUAUGCCCUUGGUAUCAAAGGCCUUGCAAGUGAAAAAGAAAAAAAUCCUAUCUCCUUACAUAUUGUUAAUUUUGCUUGCCUUAUAACGUAGUGAAAAAGUGAAAUAGGUAUGAUAAAGAUAAGUAUUUUAAGCAUAUUUUAAAAUGUUUUCCUAGAGAUUCUUAUAUUAUCAGAUGUGUAUAUAUUGUUUUAAUUAUGCUAAACAUAAUGAUUUAGUAAUCAGUCUUUGAAGGAAAUGGAUCAACUUGCCUACUGAAGCAUGCUGCCAAGACCACCUGUUGGCAGUGAAUAGAAAACUUUACCUUUCACUUUGAACCUUCAAGGUCCCACAGACACCCUUGAGCAUGUCCUGUGGCUCUGCUCACUACACAUAGAGUUAAAACAUGGGAUAAAGCAGCCCUUGUCAUAUUCACAGAAAACCUUAGAAGUCUGCCAGGCAUGAUCUCUUCAAUGCAAAAGGAAGAAAAAAAAAAAUCCUUCAAGUUUCAAUCAUUAAAGAAAAAAGAAAAAAAUGGGUGAAAGACUAAGUUAUAUGCACCAAACUAUAUCUGAAAUAUUUGUAUGUGUUGAAAUUGUUUUUAAAGGUGCAAAUACUGUGGGGAUACUUGGAAGAUUUAUUGAUAUGUUUUAGGAUACAGUGUCUUAUGUGAGAUUUAAGUUUUUUAAAAACAUGUAAAACUCCACAAGGUAGGUAUAGGGUAGGUGUUUAAAAUAUGAAGGUUGUGCUGUACUCUGUAUUUUUAAGUCAUAAGUUGCAUUUAGUCUUUCAUCUAGCCUUGUAUUAUGUUUUUAUUUCCAACAUUUCCAGAGUGAUUAAAGUUUGAAAAAAAACCAUUGUGACUGGAAUAUGGGACUGGUGUACCUAAGUGUUGUUGAUAUUUAAUAUUUUUUCCCCUGGAUUUUCAUAUGUUCUUUUGCAUUCCUGUGGAUACCAUUUUUUAAAACUCUUUACAGUCAAAGCACCCCAUAUCUUUGUUUUCAUUAUGUGUCAGUUUUGCAUUUUAAUUUGUCACUUGUUUUACUAAGGUUUGAGCUAGUAACCAAAAAAUGUGAUAAUUUUGUGACACAAUCAGUAUUUUAUUUCAAGACUAGAUUAAUGCUGUAAUAGAUGAGAAUGAAAAAGCAGCAUUAUAAUAUCACAGGGUUAGUACUUAGCUGUCUUGACUUUUGUUAUGAAGCCUACCUCUUUGACUAAGUUGUAAGUCUUUUAUCUUUAUUUAUAUUUCAUUCACUGUAUAGCUUCACUUUGUUUUGUUGGUGUUGAUUUUUUUAAAUACAUUUUAUUUUUUGUUUCCCUGUUGAGGGAAAUGGAGGAAUUCAAAGGACUUAUUUUAAAUUGUAAGCUGCUUGUCUUUAGCUCUGUUCACAGUUCAAGUAAAUGUACUAGAGGUUGUGCUUCAUUUAGCCUUCCAAACUUUGUUCAGUAUUAAAGUGGGACUAUUUUAGAGCUUUUGUUUGGAAAGCAGCUGAUUUAAAAGAAGUUUUUGUAUAUUAUAAACUUUUUUGUCUGUAAAUACAAGGAAGGCAUGAUCAAGGCAGUUGUUUUCUUCAUUUUUUUGUCAGCACAAAUAACAUAUAAUCAGGAAUAGGUUCCUGUGUGAUCAUAAAAGUUGCUGCCACUGCAGGUGAUUAGGAACAAGUAUCAUGAAAGUAAUAAUUAAAAAACCCAAAUAUUUUACAAACAUUUUACAAAUAUUUACAGCAAUGAUGAGAAAACAGCUGAUAGUGGCACAGUGUUGUGCACUGCAGAAAGUAGAAGCUUUGGUUCUUUCUUGCCCUCAGCUUUUGAGGUCUUUGAGGGAGGGGUGUGUGUUUGUGCAUGCAUAGCCAAAGACGGCAGGCAGGCAUGCAUGCACUCUUCUGCAGAGAAAAGGUGUAUGAUUCCUUGUAACAGCUUUUGAUAAUGAUUAAUAAGCAUCAUAUGUUAGCACUUUACAGCUGCAGAUAUGAUGUUUGUCUUACCCAUGUGGUGUUCAUUUACUCUGUUGUAUUUCAUGUAGUACUUUCAGUUCUGUUAAUAGAUUUCUUAGUGCAAGAAAUGCUUGCCAUUAUGCACCAGGGCAACUUUGUGACUGACAUUCAUGUUGUGCAUUAUUGAACUGCCAUCUUCCUCCAUCUGGGUUACUGUUCAUUUGUUCUGAACUCCUUUUAUAGUCACACUUUGAUACCAUUUUUAAUGCAUUUAUGUUCAUUUUAUUGAGGGCUAAUAUGAUUUUAUAUUUCAUACAGUCAUUUGUGUGCAAUAACCUUUUGUGAAUUUCCAAGGGAAAGAUCCCUACUUCACUUUUCAUUUCAAGGUAACACCUGUUGGAAUUAAAUGUUUACAUUUGUAGUCUUAUUUGUUUGUAUAGGAAUUACAGAUGUCAGCUCUGGUAUCAAGAAAUGGUAAAAGAAGCUUGUAUUUCAGCUAAAUAUUACAAACUAUUAUACUUAACAUCAUCCAUACAUUUUACUGUGUCAGUCAGAUGAAAAGAUCUUUGCCAAUCUUUCAGUAUCAAUUUCUGAUUGAGCAAACUCUUUAGACGGAGAGGACUUGUGUAGUUUGUACUUUCUUUUUUCACAUUCUGCAGUUUUAAAGAAAAUAAUUCCUUCAGUGUUGCACAAUACAAAAGCAAUAGCAUGCAGUACCUGCAUAGUGUCAUAGGAAUCCAUUUCCCUUUUUACCAGUAGUUGUCCCUUGUUUAUUUAUAAAGCAAGGUAGUAUUAAUAGAGAAUAACUUACAGACAGUAGUUUUGUUCAUUUUGUCACAGUGACUUGUUAAUAAUUGCGUUUAUUCAUUAGGUUUUUGUUUUAUUAUUUAUUGAAAAGGUUGUGGCUGAGGCAUUCUACAGUUAUUUGCUAAAUACUUCUUUAUAUAUCUUAAUGAGUUUCAAGGUCAUAAGUGCUUUGAUUGUGGUUUUUAUGGAAUAUUGCUUCAUAUGUGACAUGUGCUAUUGGUCAUGCUCUUAGGUAAGGAUGGCUGACUGGAACAUGCUUGUUACAUGAUCCAAAGUGUACCAUGAUAUAGAUUUUGACACACCUUUUUUAUGCACUUAAAUGCUUAAUUCAUAGUACUGUUUGUGGGUUCAGAUUCUUGGGAACUUUGAAUGGAUCCUCCAAAAGAUUUCAAUUUCUUGUUUUGUCAGAUUUUCGGCUUCUGUUCCCCGGUCAGAUUCAUAAGACAGAUUUCACUUCCUAUGAUCCUUGCUCUCAUUUAGCUUUUUACCUUCUGUUUUUAGUUAAUUGCCAUAAUCUGUAGGGGAAUGAGUGUUUUUAUGGCAUUUUCUGUCUUGGGAAGUAAGGGUGUGCUAUGGUAAUGCUAUACAGUGUGACUGACAAAAUGACACUUUGGGCAUCAACUUACAUUUUCUGAAGCCUCACAUGAGUAAACAAUACCCCCCACCCUCCAAAAAAAAACCAACCCUGUCAAACUCUAACCAGACCAUUAAUAAAAUUGGCCUUGUGAAAAAAAAAGCUGACUUCUUUAAUGAACUUUUAAGUCAUGAGAACUGAUUGCUUACAUUGUGGAGUUUUGAAAAAUAAAUGAACUACUGCUAUGCUGAGUAUUAAAAUAUGAACUCUA